UGGAACGCCGGCCAGAGGCCUCGGGGACCGGGGCGGCCUCGUCCUGAGAGCGCUGGGUGCGGGGCGGGGCGCACGGUCACGGGAGCCCUCUCGGCCCCGCAGUCCUACACCACAUAUGGCCUGGAGCUGACGCGCGUCACUGUGGUGGACACAGACAUGCGGGUGGUCUACGACACCUUUGUCAAGCCGGACAAUGAGAUCGUCGACUACAACACCAGGUUUUCAGGGGUCACUGAGGCUGACCUUGUGGACACGAGCAUCUCGCUCCGGGAUGUCCAGGCCGUCCUGCUGAGCAUGUUCAGCGCUGACACCGUCCUCAUCGGACACAGCCUGGAGAGCGACCUGCUGGCCUUGAAGGUCAUUCACAGCACCGUGGUGGACACGUCCGUGCUCUUCCCGCACCGCCUGGGCCUCCCCUACAAGCGCUCCCUGCGGAACCUCAUGGCUGACUACCUCAGACGGAUCAUCCAGGACAACGUGGACGGGCACAGCUCCAGCGAGGACGCCAGCGCCUGCAUGCACCUGGUGAUCUGGAAGAUCCGAGAAGACGCCAAGACCAAGCGGUGACCGCCGCCUGCCCGCCUCUCCCGCAGCCCCGGCCCGGCCUCUACCCCAGGCCUCUUCCAAAACAGUGCAAUAAAUCUCGAGAGCUAACCCUGUCCACGUCGCCGAGACAUGGAAACAGAGAGAGCGGGACGAGCCGGCGGCACAAGAGCCCUAAGCCGAGACCACCUGGAG